AUGAAUGCAAUAAUAGAACAGAUUUUGGCAAAUAUAAACCGACUGGGCCGUGAACUACAAAACAAUGGACAAAGCUCUGUUCCGUUUAAUACUCCCACUCAAAAUCAGGCUAGUACGAGCACCAGUACUAACAGUGAAGUUUCAAGAAUAUUCAGGGGAUCAAGCCCUUCCAUUACCAGUCCCUUAUCUGCUGCUAGCAAAACGCAACAAUCAAUUGCAACUGCUACUAUGAGCACUCCACGCUUUAGACUCAGGCACAAUUUUCCUCAGACAACAUCUAGAGGCAGGAAAAAAGAUAAAGGAGUUGCAGGUCCAUUCACAAAAGAUGUCAUCUUGCUGAGUGGUCCAGAAGAUGACACAGUACCUCGUCAAGGUUCUAGGGUGUGGUUAAUGGAGAAUCAACACAUCCUAUGUGGUGUGCAGCUUCGAAAAGAAUGGGAUAGCACUAAAUUGAUAUCUUUUUUCAAAAAUUUAUUCCCAUCCAAACUCAUGGAUUCAGAUGAAAUUGAGAUUUUACUGUCAGUCCACUUCAAACUAUUGCCACCCACUUUGGCUCCAGGGCAGUUGUUUACUGGUUUUGUUCUUCAAAACAUAUUUAAGGAUAAGCCUAUUUACAUCCGCCCUUCACGGCAAAUUCUUGAAAUGAACCCAGAAGAACCUGCAGCAAAAAAAGAGAAGCUAGAUGAUGAACAAUUUGAGGAAUUUGCCAGGCAUUCAACGUGGGAUUCAAAUGUCACAUUGGGUGUGGUAGACCAUGUGCAAUCAAUUAUUGAAGAUGAAGUAGUAGAAAUUGAACCACCAGUAAAAGAUAUGUCAACCAUUGCAGAUUCUGUAAAGCAAUGUAUAGAUUACUGCCAUGAAAGGAACAUACAAGACCCAGUGGAGAUUUUAAGAGUUGCUCAAAAGUUUAUAGUAACAGGUUGCCAGCUAGAGGUUACAGAUCCAAGUGUAUGUUUAGAGGGAGAGACCAACUACAUUUUAGUCAACCGCCAAGAUGUCUUUAAAAGUGCUAUGGAGGAAAUAAAUCCGUUAGUGAAUCCAAGAUUGACACUAGAGGUAUCCUUUUACGGAGAGAUUGCCACUGACUACGGAGGACCAAGACGAGUUUUCCGGUUGUGCUUGCACGAAAUUAAGGCUAAAUAUUUUGAAGGAGGUCUAAAAGAUCAUUUAUGUGAUGACUACAGUGUUAUUGGCUUAAUCAUGGCCUUGAGCAUUCUCCAAAAUGGUACGAUCCCAAGAUUUAUGUCACCUGAUGAUCUACAAGAUCUUUUGCACUCGGACAGUCCGUCCAAGUGCAUACAGAAUCUUCGCACAGGAUUUGCUAAACUUGGACUUUACGAGAUUGGAAAAGCAUUGCCUAGCUUCUUCAACCUUUUACACCAAUCUCCAGCAGUACUACUGUCAAGACGAAAGCUUAUUCAUAUCCGUCCCAAGUUUUCAGAAGACGGAUCAAAUGCCCGUUAUGAUGAAAACCUCACAUAUCAGUGCUUCCUUAAAUAUUUGCAAGCUGCAGCAAGUGGCAUCAGGGGGUCGAUAACUCUGAACCACUUAUUACAAUUUGUAACUGGAACAGAUGAGGAGCCUCCACUUGGCUUUUGCUUGCCACCAAAAAUAACCUUUCCGUCCGUAGACGAUGCUAACCGCUGGUCGUUUAUUCCGUCUGCAAACACAUGCUCAAACACACUUCAUUUGCCGAGGUGCGUCUCUGGCAUUCCUCUUCCGCAAGAGAAUGCAUUAUUUGAUAUUUACGAUGUCGCCUUUGCAAAUGCAUACUUUGGUAAAGCUUAG